AUGUUAAGAACAUUUAAGUUUUGCACAGAAUUCACUACCACUCAAUUCCUGAAACUGAGCAAUCUCUAACUAAGCUCAUUGAAUGACAAGAUUGAGAAUUUCGAGAAUGUAGAAACCUCUUUUUCAGAUGGCGUACUCAACGUACAUCUGCCCAAUGGGAAGUCCUUUGUGAUUAACAGACAGACUCCCAACAAAUAGUUGUGGUACUCAUCUCCGAUCAGCGGUCCUCAAAGAUUCAAUUACGUCAAUGGGAAAUGGGUCAAUUCAAAAUAGGAAGAAAUAGAGAAGUAGUUAUUGAAUGAAAUUAAUUUAUUAAUAUAAUGA